CUAACUCCUCCCCUUCUGCUGACGCUAAUACAAGACGCUGCCUCUGCUGCUAGUGUGGUGCAACAUGAGCGCUUGCACAAAGAGCUGAUUGCUGAUUGAUUCUGCUGGAAUAGAAGCUGCAACAGAAGGCAUCCACCAUGAUCCCUGCAGUCAUACUCGGCACUGGAGCGAAGAUGCCCAUUAUGGGUCUGGGAACGUGGCUGUCAGAGCCUGGGAAAGUCACAGAGGCCGUGAAGGUGGCUAUAAGAGCUGGGUACAGGCACAUCGACGGUGCCUACGUCUAUCAGAACGAAGCAGAAGUUGGAGCUGGGAUUUCUGCCAUGAUUAAAGAAGGAGUGGUCAAGAGGGAAGAGCUGUUCGUUGUCAGCAAGUUGUGGUGCACCUUCCAUCUUCCGUCUCUGGUGAGGAAAGCUUGUGAAAAAACACUUGGCGACCUCAAACUGGACUACGUGGACCUCUACCUCAUGCACUUCCCCUGUGGAGCCCAGCCAGGUGACAAACUUUUUCCUUUAGAUGAACACGGCCAACUUAUUACUGAUGGCAGCAACUUCUUGGACACUUGGGAGGCUAUGGAGAAACUAGUGGAUGCAGGUUUGGUCAAAGCGAUCGGCAUCUCCAACUUCAACAAAGAGCAGACUGAGGCGAUCCUCAACAAGCCAGGCCUCAAGUACAAGCCCGUUAACAACCAGAUUGAGUGCCAUCCAUACCUGACCCAGGAGAAGCUGAUCAGCUACUGCCACUCAAAGGGCAUCUCAGUGACUGCCUACAGCCCCCUGGGUUCCCCCGAGAGACCCGGGGCUUCAUCUGAUGAUCCCUCUCUGCUGGAGGAUCCUAAGAUCAAGGCAAUUGCUAAUAAGUAUAAAAAGACCACAGCGCAAGUUCUACUCAGGUUCCACAUCCAGAGGAAUGUGAUCGUCAUUGCCAAGUCAGUAACACCUCAUCGAAUUGAGGAAAACUUCCAGCUGUUUGACUUUGAGUUGAGUGAAGAUGACAUGAAGACCCUGAUGAGCUUGAACAAGAACUGGAGAGGAUUUCCACUAAUAUGGGCCUCAAAACACAAAGACUUCCCCCUGACUGCAGAAUACUAAAUCAUCAACAACAUGUUUUCAAACUGCCUGAAGAGUAUUUCUACUCCCCAGUCUGUCAAACCAAUGUUUUAUAAUUGCUCCAGUCAAUGAGUUCAACAUUAUAUGUUGUAUAUCUUUAAUAAUUGUAUUAAACUAACAUUUAAAAACAGA